GGAGACUUUUGUUAAGUCUCUGGGAGUUGAGUUGGGGAUCAGGACUGCAGGGCGAGGAUCAGGGCUCAGAGAGGAGAGAAAACCAAACACACGAUGAAAACUUUGGUGCUGCUUGUUUUAGCAUUUGCUACUACAAUAUCUGCAACCAGGCAGAGAAAUCGCUUCACUCGCUAUCGAUCAUGGAACUCACGCGUGUACCCAGUGUGGAAUGAUGGAGACCCAAGAUUCAGAAACUGCUGGUUGGGUGGUAACGUAACCUUCGAUCUUAAGAAUGAUGCCCCCACCCUGACUGGAGCAAAAGCAGGCUUCACUAUUAAUCUGAAUUUCCCACCAAAUCAGACGGUGCUCCCAGGAGGAGAGGUGGUCUGGGCAAAUAACUGCACCGUCGAUGGUAAACAGUAUCAGGAGGGUCAGGCUGUGUAUCCAGACCAGGACACUGAUUGGACUGGAGUUUUCCCAGAUGGCACACCUUUCAACAGGAGCCAGAACAGGAAGCCCCACUAUGUGUUUGUGUGGAAAACAUGGGGGCGUUACUGGCAGGUGGCAGAUGGACCGUCCUCUUCACUCACCAUUGGUACAGACAACAUUCCCCUGGGCUCCUACAACAUGGAAGUCGUCAUCUAUCACUGCCGUGGCAGAAACAGGUUUAUCCCCCUCGGAUAUGCCUCUACAGUCUUCACCAUCACAGACCAGGUUCCAUUUACCAUAUCUCUGGCCCAAAUCAAUGAUGUAAAUCAGAACGACCAGAACUUCAUCCAGAACCAGGCUAUUGGCUUUACCGUCAACAUCCACGAUCCCAGCCAGUACCUAAACAACGCAGAGAUCAGCUUCACUUGGGACUUCGGUGACAACAGUGGAACUCUGAUCUCCAGGGAGCACACGGUCACGCACACAUACAUUGCAGCUGGGACCUUCAAGCCUCAGGUGGUCCUGAUGGCCAGCAUCCCCAAUAACUGUGGAAACCCCACUGCAGCUGCUCCUGUUGAUGCCUCUGCUGCCCCAGCAGUAGUUGUUAUGGCCUCCAGCCAGGCACCUGUCCCUGCUGUCCCAGUUGAAGGAGGAGAUACAAUAGCUGUGGAUGUUGUUGCCUCAGACUCCACUCCAGUGGCUGCUUCUGUGCAGCCCGCAGAUGCAAACACAGACGAUGGAGAAGCAGCUGCUGAUGCCGACACAGAGGUCGUGGUAGUUGCCUCGGUGGCCCCUGCAGCAAUAGAUACAGCCGUUGUUGUCGCCAUCACUGCUGCUCCUGCCGCAGAGGUAGAGCAGGAGGCAGCUGAUGCAGAGGUGGUCCCUGCUGCCACCGUUGCACCAGGAGCCGAAGAGCCAGCAGAUGCUGAUACGGCUGCUGCAGAUAAUACUGCAGAGGUUGCAGUUGCCACUGAAGAUGUAGCUGUGAUUGAUGCUGCUGCUGCUGCCUCGGUUGCCCCUGUUGCAGAAGGAGAAGAAGUCGAGGUGGCUGAAACCAUCACUGUUGCUCCCAUCACAGAUGGAGCUACAGAGGAAGAAGCUGCAGAUGGUGUUGAAGCUGUAGAGGCUACUGCUGCUGCAGAGGUUGCGCUAGCUGAAACACAAGCCCCUGCUGAUAAUGUUGUUGCGCCUGCUGCCACUGAACCCACAGCUGUAGAAGAAGAUGUAGUUAAUGUGGAAGUGGAAGCAGUGGAAACUGAGAACGAAGUUGCAGCUACUGCAGCUGCUGCAGUUGAAGACGAGGCUACACCAGCCGAAGGUGAAGUUCAGAUUGAAAUGGAAGCAGAUCCAGCUCAGGUUGCCCUCGUUGUGGCUAAACGACAAGCACCAGAGCUGACAGCUGACUGUAUGGUCUACCGCUACGGCUCCCUCGCUACAUCUGUCGAUGUUGUUCAGGGUAUCGAAAGUGUUGAGAUUGUACAAGUGGCCAACGUUUUGUCACUGGAGACGGCGUUGGAUCAGAAUGCUGUGGACGUCACUAUUUCCUGUCAGGGAAGUCUGCCAAGUGAGGUCUGCACUGUUAUCUCUGAUGCUGACUGUAUCACGCCGGUGCAAACCAUCUGUAAUGCAGCCUCACCCUCUCCAGACUGUCAGAUGAUCCUUCGUCAGUUCUUCAAUGACUCUGGAGUAUUCUGCCUUAAUGUCUCUCUGACUAAUGAUGUCAGUCUUGCCAUGGCAAGUGCAAGAGUCAGUGUGUCAGUAGCCUCCGGUGGUUCACCAGCUGGAACUGCUGCUACCGUGCUCGGUGUUAUGGUUCUCGCCUGUGUCGUCUGCUGUAUUGGUUUGAUGUACAGGCGUUUCAAGCAGUACCAGCCGCUGAGAGAAGACCGUGCUAAUAAUGGAGGCAUCUCUGCAGUAACAUCAGUGCCUUUGCUCUUGUGGAACUUGCUGAGUAGACAGUCACCAGGAGAGAGCCGUCCACUGCUUCAGGGAAGGAUUGUGUGAAUACUGUCGUUAAUAAAUGCACUCAACAUCAACAAUAUUUGCUAACAUAUCGCCUAUAAACAGAAUACUGUCUGUACUGUCUCUGACACUGUAACUCCCUGCAAUUAAACCAGAACCAAUGAGGUGAAAAGAAGCCCCAUGUACAAGAUAUGUAGGAAUCAGGAGUACCUGUGGAACUGUAAAAGUGUGUUUAAGGUGUUCAAGCAUUUGAAGUGGAAACUGAUAUUUAUUUUGAUCCAUAAUAUUUGUAUUAAUUGGACCUGAUAGUUUAGAGAAGUCAUAACAUAUUCUCUUAUUUGUGGCCUACAUAUACUAAACCUAUUGGAAAAUCAAUACUAGCACAUUUCCAUUCAAUGUCUUUACAAUAUAAAUGAGAGAAAAUGUAUAACUGAACAUCAUUUGAUACCCUGAAAUUAAUAAAAUGGAACUUUAUCACCA